AUGCCCACCGGAUCCUGCUUCUGCGGCGAAGUCAACUACGAGUUCUCCAAAGGGCCGAUGCAGAAGGUCAUCUGCCACUGUCUGAGCUGUCGUAAGAUCACCGGCUCGACUUAUACCACCAACUUUGCUUUCCCCGAAGAAAAGUUCUCGCUGCUUUCCGGGUCCCUUCGAGAAUGCACUAGGCGUCAUGAGUGCGGUAUGGACAUCACGGUGUUUUUCUGUGGGAACUGUGGAUCGACAAUUUACAAGAAAGCCACCGAGCAAACAUUCUACGGCCUGAUUAUCUUACUGGCGGGCACGGUAGAUGAGGGAGAAGGGGUGGAGCAGGCAGCUCCUGAGAGAGAGUUUUGGGUCAAACAUCGUGCGAAGUGGGUUCAACCGGUUGUAGGAGCAUUGCAGGAUCAAGAGUUCCCUCGUUAG